AUGGCAUCUCCCACCUCGCCCUCCUCCUCGCCAUUGUACACAAUGGACACCUCAAGUUCGAUCCUCGUUCUGCUACUCUGCUCGCUGAUGGUUAUUCAGUUCGGCCGCAACAACUUCUGGGGCCCCGCCAUCCUGUGUCUGAUCUAUCUGAUGGGGAGCUCCGUAUCACCACGAGAGUGGGGAUCUCUGUACCUUGCUCUCAUGUUCGUCUGGGGAUGGGUCGACCACUUCGUGAACAAGUACUACUCUUCCCGAUACCAACCUGCACCCAUCCAAAAGAACCCAAAGUACACUCCCAACGACGUCUCCGUGGUUGUGCGCACCCUCAAACCACCAGUGGUCUUCCCUCAGUGCCUCAAAUUAUGGUUGGACAACAACCCACUAGAGAUUCUCAUCUGCACUACCAAGGAUUACCUCCAUGAAGUCGAGAACCUUGUCCACGAGACUCUCAUCGGCAGAGAUGAUCGCGCAAAGGUGCGUGUCAUUGUUUCGGAGAAGGGAGGCAGAAAACAACUACUGGCAGGAGUCAUGGCGGCCGAGGGAAGAAUCAUUGCAACCUCUGACAACCACAUCAAAUGGCCUGCGAAGUACCUGAUCCAUAUGUUGCCCUGUUUCGAGGAUGACAAAGUUGCUGCCGCCGGUCCUUCGAUCAAGGUAGAGAUUCCUGCCCACCGCCACGACUCAAUCACUCCAUGGGAAGUUGCCGCUGUUAAGCUUGCUGCUCGCGGUCCUGGUUCUGGCAAGGCAAUGUAUGCUGCAGCAAAGUGGUGUUGGAUCCUGGCAGGAACUACAGGUGUUUAUCGAGCUUCCGUCCUCCAAACUCCCGAGUUUGCUCAAGAAUAUCUCAAUGAUUACUGGUGCGGUGUCAAUCUCGAUGUUGGCGAAGAUACCUUCAUAUCCCGAUGGAUCCUCAAGCAAGAUCUGACCAUCGCUAUCCAAUGGAUGAACGAGACCGAUGUCACCCGUACCGUCAAGCGCACCGGCUCCGAUUUCUGGCAGCAGCUUCUCCGAUGGGAGAGAAGCACCCUCCAGUCCUUCUGCCGUACCAUCCUGCACGUCCCGCAGUUCCAGAAUCACUUCCUCGUCAAGUUCCGCACAUACGAGCGCGUCCUCAAAUUCCCACUGACCCUCUUCCACCUCAUCGCCUGGCCAUUCUCCCUCUACCAGCACGCCUGGGCAACCCUGCUCCUCCUCGCCUACUACGUCUUCUACAAGGUCCGCGACUACCAGGCCUUCGUUGCGAGCCACCCACACAUGCGCAAGCACGCCCUGGCCGCUGUCCUCAUGGACUUCUCGCCUCUGGUCGUUGGUGGCUGGGCUUUGGCGACUCUUUCCGAUAACAGCUGGGACGUCGGCGAUGGCAGAGCACGCGUUGCGGCCGGUGAGGUUGUUGCCAAACGGAUCGAUAGAAAUCCGUUGGCAGAACCUGGAUCUUCCCGUUUUCCAUUGUGCCUUGAGCAACUUGGGAUGCUUGAGCGGCUUUCUCGACCAUGCGAAGGUGUGGGUGUUUCACAGCAGCAAGAUGAUCGGGUCUUCGCGGCUGGCUACCUUCUCGGCUCACAAUACCGACUGACACAUCAGACAAUGCAGCGGAAAUACGCGGAGGGUCCGGCUGAAGGAGCUACUCUGCCCCUCCCACGGGUCCGAGUCCCGGUCCUUCCCGAAUGGGAACUCACCGACUGGGGCCGACUGGUUUCCGCAGCGCUAGAAGAAGGAGAAGAACAAGACGGAUUCGAGAGCAUGGGGCACUACAAAGAGGUGCGCGGAAAUGUCGGCGAGCUUGUCAAGCAGAUGCUAGGUCUCCUCCGUAUGUAUGACCGGCCAGCAGAGAUGGUCUCGCUGCGGCACAACUUCGGCGAGCGUACCGACCGGCAGGUGGAGCUUGGGAGACCCGAGGUAACGAGUGGACUAGAUGUAGUCGAGGACGAUCUACCAUCAGAGUUCGAUUAUGAUUACGAUUACGAUUACAGACGACUCCAUCGGGCCACUGGCGAUCUCUUCCGGAUGAACGCCUCCCAUCGUCUUGCCUCUUCACGUAACGUGACAAAGUACCGUGCCGUCCGGGCCGUCACCAGCUUUGCUGAACUCGGCCAUCAACUCGCCGGCGGCGGGAGCCAAGCGGUCGAUAAGCGCGAGAGAUUCACUCGUCCACAGUCACAUCCUUCGGGCGAAACGGCAACUUCGGCUAUGGGAUCAUGA